AUGUGGGUCCUCGGCAUCGCGGCAACUUUUUGCGGAUUGUUCCUGCUUCAAGGCUUUGCGCUGCAAAUCCAGUGUUACCAGUGUGAAGAAUUCCAGCUGAACAACGACUGCUCCUCCCCCGAGUUUAUAGUGAAUUGCACGGUGAAUGUUCAAGACAUGUGUCAGAAAGAAGUGAUGGAGCAAAGUGCCGGGAUCAUGUACCGCAAGUCCUGUGCGUCCUCCGCAGCCUGCCUCAUCGCCUCUGCUGGGUACCAAUCCUUCUGCUCCCCUGGGAAACUGAACUCAGUGUGCAUCAGCUGCUGCAACACCCCUCUUUGCAACGGGCCCCGGCCCAAGAAACGGAGCAGUUCUGCCUGGGCUCUGCGGCCAGGGCUCCCCACCACCAUCUUGCUCCUGCAAUUCGCCCUCCUCUUGGCUCACUGCUGAAGUCGGAGAUGCUCACCCCUCCUGCAUUGUCCUUCAGGCCCUGGCUCCCCGAGCUUCUCCUGGGUGUCCUUUUAUCGUGGGUUGGGAGGCAAGUAUAUUCUCUUUCUUUCAGUUCCUUUGCAAAUGAAAGAGCUCAGUGUAAAACAGUUUUUGUAAGCUCUGAAUAAAGUCAGUCUGACUUUUCAGUGUGUACUUCAAGGAAGGGAAGGGGUGAGCCCCCAUCUGUCCCCUCUCACCUGAGGCAAGGUCAGGCUGGCAGAAUCAGCAGCGAGAAGACCCUUAGGUAGGCAUCCAUUUCUUUCCACGGCCCGUCGCUUCCACUCCUGUCCCUCAUAGGGGCAUAGUUUACGUGUGUCAAGAUCCUGUUGCUUUUGUUGGGGGGAGCCAGUUAGCUCUUAAUGCUUCCGUUCUUGACAUUCACACUUCAUGCUCCUGAAAACCAUUCCCCGCGGCAGAGUUGGGUUCUGCUGCCUCGAGACUCAAUGGCUGGGGCGUGGACUCUGGCUCAGCCGCAUUCUGGAAUGUGCUCAAGAAAACCUUGUUCGGUCUCGCAGAGGCACUGGACCGGGAAGCGAGGAAGAUGAGGGGGCGGCGCGUCGAGCGGGUGCUGUUCGCAGUGGAGGUGGCACGGGCACGCAGAUGCUUGCUGUGGUUGGCGUGUGGCAGGCUCAGGCGGCAGCGUAGCACCUGCCCGAACACCCUGCGGAACUGCUGCGAGGACACGUUGUACAGGAGCGGGUUGAGGACCGAGCUCAGGUAGAAGAAGGUGUCCGAGAAGGGGAGGAGGAUCAUAUACGCCCGGAAGUAGGACUGUGUCCAGUCGUGCUUGGGUUUGGCUGCAGCCAUGAUCCUCCGCACCUGGUUAGGCAUCCAGCAGACAGCCAAGGUCACCACAAUGAGCCCUGAGCAGGCAAAAGGAGAGGCGGAAACAAACAGCAUGAGAACACCACCCAAAGACACAAAAUAGUUAGCUCCCCAGCUCUGUGCUUCCUGGCCAGGAAACGCUACUGUUUUUUGUGUUGUGCUUGACCAUUUCUUUUGCCACUAGCAGAAAAGAAUCAACAGUGUUUCAAGGCUGGGGGAGUUGACUGUGUGAAAGACCAUUAAAUGCUUUCGACUC